AUGCGUUUUCGGAAACAUUUCCAGAAACAAUUGGUUAGAAAAUCUGAAAUUGGUGAAGUUCCUUGUUUAAGUUAUUUUGAAGCACCAGAUAGACCAGUAAAAACUAUUGAAGCUCAUGCUGGUCGAGGAUCUUUCGAUCCUGAUGAAUAUAUAACUACAGUAUAUCUAUCAUUUACAAAUGGUAUCCCAUCAGAAGCUGAACAUUUGUUCGAUUUACCUGAUCAGUGGCCUGCCUAUUGUGGCAAUGCAAAUACGGGUAAAUUACAAUUUUCAGCAUCACUUCUGAUACAACAUUUGAACUAUUUUUUAGGAUUUAAUGUAGAACCCUCUCGUACAUUUGUGGUUACUCCUGAUGGUCAAGAUUAUUUAAAAUUAACUUUACAAACACCACCAGUUCAUGCACCUGGUGAUGAAGUUAAAGUUGAAUUUAAAGUACAACCAAACUAUUUCUACAAUGGUACGCGAUGUGCUGAGUUUAGUCCAGUUGUUUUUAAUCGAGUAAAUUGGCAAGUACCACAACAAAUUAACAUAUCAUUUGCAGAUUAUGGUUGUUGCUCAUACGCAAUUACCGCAACCGGUGGUGGAUAUGAUUGGUAUUAUACAACACCAACAAUUGUUGUUUCCGCCUGUGAUGGAGAAGCUGGACAUGCUUGCAAAGACAGAGCAUGUGGACUUUGA